AUGAUCGGCCCCACGGGCUGCGGCAAGACGGAGAUCGCGCGGCGGCUGGCGCAGCUGGCGGACGCGCCCUUUGUCAAGGUCGAGGCCACGAAGUUCACCGAGGUCGGCUUCCACGGCCGCGACGUCGACAGCAUAGUGCGGGAUCUACUGGACAAUGCGGCCCUGCUGGUGCGCGGCAAGCUGCGGGAGCGCGCCGCCAGCAAGGUGUCAGAGGCGGUUGAGGAGCUCAUCUUGCGGGCGCUGCUGGAGGCCCACCCCUCAGCCGGCCCUGAGAGGCUGGAGGAGCUGCGCGCCAAAUACAGCCUUCUUGAGCAGCUGCCGACGUGCCCCCGCGCGCCGCAGGGCGGCGUCGUGAGCUUCGACUUUGGGCGCAUGCUCGGCGGCGGCGGGCGGCGCGAGCGGCGGCGCACGACCGUGGCCGAGGCGCGGCCGCUGCUGGAGGAGGCAGAGGAGGUUGUCAUGCGCGAGGCCCUGCGCAGCGCCCAGCAGGACGGCAUCGUGUUCAUUGAUGAGAUAGAUAAGAUCGUCACGCCACACGGGGCACUGAGGCAUGGCACCGACCCCAGCAGCGAGGGCGUCCAGCGGGACCUGCUGCCCAUCAUUGAGGGCAGCACAGUCUCAACAAAGCACGGCAACGUGAGCGCCACGCAGCUUGGGACGCGGCAGCAGCACAUCUAG